CUCACUGCCUUUCUUUAGCUCCCUUCCAUUGACUGCAGAUCCGAUCCAACCUUUCCCCCUUCGAUCGAUCGCACGCUCUCGCGGCGUCGGCUCCAAGUUUAGUCGAUAUUCCCGCGAUGGAUCGGGCGUCUUUGUCGUCGCUGGGGCCAGAGAUGUGUCCCUUCCCCAUGGUCGGAGCGCCGCCGCCCCUGGGGCCCGUGAUCCGGCGACUGGGCGGAGGCGCGCCGGCGGAGGAGUCGGCGGUGACGGAUCAGAGCGGGAGGAACAGCAAGGGGAGGAGGAGGAAGAGGGAUUCGGUUGCGUCGGACGAUGAGUCCUCCAAGCUUGCCUCCACUAGCGGUGGCCAGGGCUUGAUGGAUAAUGAAACUAAGCGUCUCAAGGCCAUGCACACUAAUGAGAUUGGCAGUAUUAAAACUGAGGUUGAGGCAUCUUCGGGCAACGGUAACAAGAUAAUUGAUCAAAAUCCUGGAACAUCUGAGCCACCAAAGCAUGAUUACAUCCAUGUGAGGGCAAGAAGGGGUCAAGCAACAGACAGCCACAGCCUGGCUGAAAGAGCGAGGAGAGAAAAAAUAAGUGAGCGAAUGAAGAUUCUCCAGGAUUUGGUGCCAGGAUGUAACAAGGUAAUUGGCAAAGCAUCAAUUCUGGAUGAGAUAAUAAAUUACAUCCAAGCACUGCAGCACCAGGUUGAGUUUCUAUCAAUGAAGCUCGAAGCUGUCACUUCUCAUGUUAAUUCUGGCUUUGAAUUCUUUCCUCAUAAAGAUUUUGGUGCUCAGGCAUACGAUACUGCUUCUAGUUUACCAUUCAGCUCACAGGCAGCAAGGGAAUACGAGCAAGGUUCAGCAACAGAAUGGCUUCAUAUGCAGGUUGGUGGUGCUUUAGAGAGAGUGACAUAAUUCCGGUACACCUCUUACAUGGGCAAUCAGUACAUACAAGGAUGAAUCAAAUCCAUGGGUUUAGGUUAUUCAUCUCUCCUUGUGUUGAUUUAAGCGAAUUCCGAAAUCCAACUGAAGGCAUUAUGCCAGUAAGGUGAUGCAUCAAAACAAAGUUUGAGUAGGUUCCAUCGCGUAGAACUGGAUGAGGUAAUUUUACUUUGUUCAUGCCCCUUUAUGAGAUUCUCCAGUGACUGUGUUAUCAUGUGAAAUAGCUAGUGGAUUGGUGACAUCCCAAAGUAAUUUUGUUUCCUGUUGCCAAGAUUCUAUGACAGUUAAUAAGAUGCCUGAUCAAUGCUUUCCAUA